AUGACAGACAGUCUCGUCGACAAGCUCCAGGCCUCGACCUUGAAUGAUGGAUCGGGCUCAGAGGACUGGAAGAAAGGCCUUAGGCUCCCCGCCAAGGAUACGAGGCAACAGACAGAGGAUGUAACAAACACCAAGGGCUUGGAUUUCGAGGACUUCGGCCUCAAGCGGGACCUGCUUAUGGGCAUUUUCGAGGCGGGUUUCGAGAAACCCUCGCCCAUCCAAGAAGAGAGCAUACCUGUGGCCCUUACUGGUCGUGACAUUCUUGCUCGCGCCAAGAAUGGCACAGGCAAGACGGCCGCUUUCGUUAUCCCAGCAUUGGAAAAGAUCAACCCUAAGGUCGCGAAGAUCCAAUGUCUCAUCCUCGUUCCGACUCGCGAAUUGGCAAUGCAGACAUCCCAGGUAUGCAAGACUCUCGGAAAGCACCUCGGCAUCAACGUUAUGGUCACCACCGGUGGCACCGGGCUUCGCGACGAUAUCGUCCGGUUGCAGGAUCCCGUCCAUAUUGUGGUGGGGACUCCCGGCAGAAUUCUCGAUUUGGCUGGCAAGCAAGUAGCCGAUCUGAGCGAAUGCCCCAUGUUCAUCAUGGAUGAAGCCGACAAGCUUCUCUCUGUCGAAUUCACUCCUGUUAUCGAGCAGCUCCUGCGCUUCCACCCCAAGGACCGUCAAGUCAUGCUCUUCUCCGCCACCUUUCCCUUGUCAGUGAAGGACUUCUCAGACAAAAACAUGGUCAGCCCCUAUGAGAUCAAUCUCAUGGAUGAGCUGACGCUACGGGGCAUCACGCAAUACUAUGCCUACGUCGAAGAGAGGCAGAAGGUCCAUUGUCUCAACACUCUCUUCUCCAAGCUCCAGAUCAAUCAAUCGAUCAUCUUCUGCAACUCGACCAACCGCGUCGAACUGCUCGCCAAGAAAAUCACCGAACUCGGUUAUUCAUGCUUCUACAGCCACGCGAAAAUGGCCCAGCAAGCCCGCAACCGAGUGUUCCACGACUUCCGCAACGGCGUUUGCCGCAAUCUGGUAUGCUCCGACCUCCUGACCCGUGGUAUUGAUAUUCAAGCCGUCAACGUCGUCAUCAACUUCGACUUCCCCAAGAACGCCGAGACCUACCUGCAUCGUAUCGGUCGUUCGGGCCGGUACGGCCACCUGGGUUUGGCCAUCAACCUGAUCAACUGGGACGAUCGCUUCAACCUAUACAACAUCGAGCGCGACCUAGGCACGGAGAUUCAGCCUAUCCCUCAAACAAUCGACAAGAAGCUCUACGUGUAUGAGAACCCAGAGUCUAUCCCGCGGCCGAUCUCCAACUUCAAGACUGGCGCGAUGCAAUACCAGCAGCAACAACAGCAACAGCAGCAGCAGCAGCAGCAGCAGCAGCAGCAGCAAGAGAACACUCAGUUGCAAAACCAGUCCCCGACGUCACUGCAACAGACCCUUCCCAGCCCGGGAGAUUGGCAGCAGCAAAACCGUCAGAGUGGUCAGAAUGGUCAGAAUGGUCAGAAUGGGUCUGGGCCCCAAGGCCGUGGAGGCUACCAGGGCAAUCGCGGUUCCUCCGGUGGACAUCGAGGACGUGGCCGUGGCUUCCAGAGUCAGGGCGGGCGUCAGAACUACGGUGGCCAGCGUGGUGGCCGUCCGCAUGGACAGGGUCAGCCAGCGGCGCCUGUUCAGCAAGCAUGA